AUGUCGGAGAGCGGUGAUCCUUCAAAACCGAGCGUCCCACGACGUGGCUGCACCCAGCGCCCACGCCAUCGCGGCGUGAGCCUGGCGCGGCCGAGCGCCGGGGGUUACCAGAUGUGGCCCUGGCCCAAGGUGGCCGCAGCUGUUCCAGGGCGCGAAACGUUGGGGGCACCUUGGGCCAGGACCACCUCUGUCGACCUCCGAGAGCGGGAGGUCUACCCCGCAGCCUCCAUCGGCGACGAGCACUUGCUGUGGUUCCCCACGCCGACGGCCGCCUACAACGCGGCGGCGCCGAUUGCAGGCGAGGGCCUCGUGCAGCAGAUGGAGUCGCUCUGCGGCCAGCCCCGCGAGCUUACCGCACAGUGCAGCCGCAUCUCCACGGAUGGCGGCGCUGCCCUGUACCACAGGCGCACGCAUCGUCAGGGCACUGGCUCGUCUCAAACGUUCUCCGUCCCCUACGGCAUCAUCUCCCUGUAG